UUGCAUCGUUGAAUCAGUGAUAGUCGUGUAUCCGAGCUCUUUGUACGCGUUUCCUGAGACUUUUAAUUAAAAAAGAAAUAAGUCAUAUUUUUUUUUAAUCGUGUUUACGUCUAUGGUUUGAAAUCAAAAUGUAAAUUUAAUUUAUUUAGUGUAUUUAAAUUUCAGUUAUAUAUUAUAUUUGUAUAAGUGUUAAUAAAUACAAUUUUUAUUAUUGUAUGUGUACUUAAGAAUAUUUGGCGGGAAGAUGAUUAUAAAUUUUCUUUUUAUUAUCUGUGCUGCCGUUGUCUCUGCGCAAUAUGAAGGUGAAUCUUGCGUCAAAGAUGGAGUAGCUGGGACAUGCAUCAAUAUACGAGACUGUCAGUCUGCUUUGGAUGAUUUUAAGAACCGAAUACCACCACAGAGAUGCGGCUUCUCCGGCUUCGACAUCAUGGUGUGCUGUGUAAACAAGCAGAACCCAUCACCAGCUGCGACCACAACAACACCCCGGCCACAAGUUACCACUACCACGAAGAGAACCACAACAACCACGGAAGAAUACCAGCCAGAGGUCAACGACUAUGUUGAUAAUGAGACCGGGCAGAAGAUAGGGGCCAGCACCGGCUCCUGCGCCCCGCUACCACCGUCGCAGACGGCUGAAAAGAUUGGCAAGAAGGCCUGGGACAUGUGUGUGGAGUACCAGCAGACCCUGGUAUACCCGUGCGAGAAGUCAGUAGUCCUAACUGGUGCCCUGGGACGAGCUAACUAUUGCAACCACAAUGCUGACGAACUGAUCAUUGGUGGUGAAGAUGCUGCUAAGAACGAGUUUCCUCACAUGGCGUUGCUCGGCUACGGACAGCCACCGGACAUCAAGUGGCUGUGCGGCGGUACAGUCCUCAGUGAUCGAUUCAUCCUGACUGCUGGACAUUGCAUAGCACACAGAGACUGGGGCAACGUAACCUAUGCCGUUGUGGGCAUCCUGAAGCGUAGUGAAGUGGACAACGCCAAGAUAGUGGGGUUGAAACGCAUCAUCAAGCACCCUGAUUACCACCCGCCGGCGAGGUACAACGAUAUCGCGCUCCUCGAAGUGGAAACGCCAUUCAAGUUGGGUCCAACAGUGAUACCGGCUUGUUUACACAUCGGAGACUCGGUGAACGAUGACCGGGCCUCGGCUACGGGCUGGGGGGUAACCGUCAACCGCGGCACGGUCGAAAACAACGCGGAGACCUUGCAGAAAGUCAUCAUAAAAAAAUUCGCUCCGGACGAGUGUAGAACGAAGUUUCCCAAAAACCGUCACAUGAAGCGAGGUUUAGACGACAGCACCCAGAUAUGUUACGGUGAUAAGGAGUCCAACAAGGACACCUGUCAGGGCGACAGCGGAUGUCCACUCCAAAUCAAGAGUAAGAAAAUCAACUGUAUGUAUGUCGUAAUAGGGGUGACGUCAUUCGGAAAGGCUUGUGGCCAGCCCGGUGAGCCUGGCAUAUACACCCGCGUCGUCAACUACGUACCCUGGAUCGAAAGUGUGGUUUGGCCAUAAGAAUAAUUAAUUUAAAAUGAAAGAAAAAAAUAAAUAAAACAUUGCCAAGAACAAAAAAGGUUACAUUAAUAGAAAACAAACCAGAGGGAGACUUUGCACAAAAGUCGUUUGCUUGGGCACCUCUGUACCAUUCGUGUUUCUACCGUGAAGCAAUGGCGACACCUGAUGGAAAGCGGUAACCGUCACCUAUAGACAUGAGCAGUACCAUGGACAUAACAGAGUAUACUGUUUCGCCCAUGAUACCCCCCAUGCGUUGCCAUUCCUGAGGACUCAGGUGUUAUUUCUCUGUACCCAGUAAAUUCACGCCACAUCCCACCCUUCAAACCGAAACACAGCCAUGUAAAUACAGCUGCUUCAUGGUUGAAACACGAAUAGGACAGAGGUACCCAAGCAAUUGACUUUUUGUACAAAGUCUCCUUCUGUCUAAAGUCUAAGUUUACUUGCAUAAAAAUAUUUCUUUCUUUCUUUCAUAUUUAUUAUUGCCAAUAUGGCCGCCACACACCAUGUGUUGCAGCAAAUUUAGUUAUUUCAUUAAGUUCUUAAUACACUUUCAAUAGAAGUAAUUGAAAAUGUAACCGCGUCUCGUUGUAACCACCCCGGGAGCACUGUCCGAGUGUAAUCAGUGACGGGUCGAGACGUCCAGUCGAUCGGUCGCCGUUUGAUUUGUACUGCUGGUGGACAUUAGCGGACUGGCUUACGGGCGGGACGAGUUUAUAAUAAUAGUAAUUUAUUUGGAACAAAAACAUUGGUAUAAUAAUAAUAAUAUUUAUUAGGUCAAAAAAUACAUGUUUCAAUUUUACAUUUGUUCCCAAAACUUCACACUAGGAUUCCCUGUGUCGUGAAGUCUUGGGCCCUCUUCUACUAUUGGUAUUACAAUAUUAUUUAAAAACGAUGAUAUACGCAGAAGUAUGAAACUGUGUCGCGAAUAUCAACGCCCUCCUCGUUAUUGCAGGAUUCCAAAACGGACCAAUUAAAACGUAUAGUAAUUGUUACAUCAACGAAGACAUUUGUUUGUAUCUAGCAACUAACCAACUGCAAUACUAAAUAAUAACUCUAAACUACAAUAAAUAAAAAAAAAAUGAAAAUUUAAAUAAUUGUUUUUUUUUUUUGUUGGUUGAAAAUGGUAUAGUAACCCCGCCUGCGCUAACGGGAUACGCUGGCGGAGCACCAGUGAAGGGUGAUAGAUGAGAAUGAAAACAGGCCAGUUAACCCAUCGUGAUGAAUUCAUCAGGAAUUAAUCAUGAUAGUUUCCAAGGAGAACUGCGAGGCGGUCGACCUGGUUGGGUAUAUUGCUAGCAAUGGGAUUUUUAGUCUCUAUUACUAACAAUCCCUUUCCCCCCUAAAUUAUUAUGUUUGUUUAUAUAUUUUUUUCAAGUUUUAUUGUAAGAAAUUUUUUUAACUUAAUAAAGUAAGUACAUAUUAAGAAUAUUUCUUAGCAAGAGUUGGUUAUGUCUAUAUUCUGCUUAGAAAUGUAUUUUUAUAUUAAUUAUUUUUUUUUUUUUUUAUAUUUCUACCUGUAUAUUGAAUAAAAUGUAUGCUAAAAUAUA